GAAUGGCUGCCGUUGACGUCAACCAACCAAUCACCGGACACAAGUCCGCCAUUAUCCGCAACUACAAUACUAACCCAAGACUCAUCUACCAGACCGUAUGCGGAGUCAACGGACCACUUGUCAUCCUCAACGAUGUGAAGUUCCCACAGUUCUCUGAGAUCGUCAAGAUUACCCUUCCAGACGGCUCAAAGCGUUCCGGACAGGUUCUUGAAAUCUCCAAGAACAAGGCUGUUGUCCAGGUUUUCGAAGGAACCUCCGGAAUUGACGCCAAGAACACCAUCUGCGAGUUCACUGGAGAUAUUUUGCGUACUCCAGUUUCCGAAGACAUGCUCGGACGUAUCUUCAACGGAUCCGGAAAGCCAAUUGACAAGGGACCACCGGUACUUGCCGAGGACUUCUUGGAUAUCAACGGACAGCCAAUCAACCCAUGGUCCCGUAUCUACCCAGAGGAAAUGAUCCAGACCGGAAUCUCCGCUAUCGACGUCAUGAACUCUAUUGCCCGUGGACAGAAGAUUCCAAUUUUCUCUGCCUCUGGUCUUCCUCAUAACGAGAUUGCCGCCCAGAUUGUGCGUCAAGGAGGUCUUGUACAGCUUCCAGAUCGCCCACACGAGCAGACCAACUUCGCUAUCGUCUUUGCCGCUAUGGGAGUCAACAUGGAGACUGCUCGUUUCUUCAAGCAAGAUUUCGAAGAGAACGGUUCCAUGGAAAAUGUGUGCCUCUUCCUUAACUUGGCCAACGAUCCAACCAUCGAACGUAUCAUUACUCCACGUAUCGCCUUGACAUCCGCUGAAUUCCUCGCCUACCAGUGCAAGAAGCACGUGCUUGUUGUCUUGACCGACAUGUCCUCAUACGCCGAAGCUCUUCGUGAGGUGUCUGCUGCUCGUGAAGAAGUACCCGGACGUCGUGGUUUCCCUGGAUACAUGUACACUGAUUUGGCCACCAUCUACGAGCGUGCCGGUCGUGUCGAAGGAAGAGACGGAUCAAUCACACAAAUUCCAAUUCUUACUAUGCCAAACGACGAUAUUACUCACCCUAUCCCAGAUUUGACUGGUUACAUUACCGAGGGACAGAUCUACGUCGAUCGUCAGCUUCACAAUCGUCUUAUCUACCCACCAAUCAACGUACUCCCAUCCCUUUCCCGACUUAUGAAGUCUGCUAUUGGAGAAGGAAUGACAAGAGAAGAUCACUCCGAUGUGUCUAACCAGCUCUACGCUUGUUACGCUAUCGGAAAGGACGUGCAAGCUAUGAAGGCCGUCGUCGGAGAAGAAGCCUUGUCAUCUGAUGAUUUGCUCUACCUCGAGUUCUUGACAAAGUUCGAGAAGAACUUCAUCACCCAAGGUCACUACGAAAACAGAAGUGUCUUCGAAUCCCUCGACAUCGGAUGGCAACUUCUCCGUAUCUUCCCACGUGAAAUGCUCAAGCGUAUUCCAGAGUCUACCCUUGAGAAGUACUACCCACGUGGAGGAGCCAAGGAAUAAGCAGAUUUGGAAUUGUGUCUUCACCCACCUUAUCUUGUCUCUUCAUUCCAUUCCACGCGAUACUCUAAUUUGCACUUGACUUUUCUCUCCAAGUCAUAUUCGUCUUUGUUGUUUCAUAACUUUAGCAGUAUAGCUAUAUAUUAUAUAAGCAUGUCCGCCAUGCGCAAAUCAUUUUUCAACACCAUCACCAUCACCACCACUCCACAAAGUGAUAUUUCAUUCUCGUCAUGUAGAUAUGAAAAUUUUUUAAUUUUAGUCAUUCCAAUGUUUCUUUUUAAACCCCGAUUGUUGUAAGUAUUCACUUAUAAAUUGCGAUACGCAUUGCCCCCCGUGAUAGCUGGAAAUCCAACGUUGUUAUUUUUUAAAUUCUAAUGCAAUAGUAGGUUAUAUAGUAACAAGUAAAUAAAUGGAGCUAUCACAAAAAAA